AUGAUGAGCUACCCGGACCCCGCUCCUCCCGAGGCCCCGGUGUCCCUGCUGCCCCAGGCCAAGGAGCCCGGCGGGGGGAUGCCAGGAGGAGGCGGCGGCGGCGGCGGCGGCGGCGGCGGGGAGCUGGUCAAGGCCGAGCUGAGCCCGACUGCCCCGGCCAAGGGUGCCUCCUCCUCCUCCUCCUCGACGGGGCCGGCUCCUUCCUCGUCCUCCUCGGAGAAGGGCGACCCCUCGCAGAAGCCUCCCUACUCCUACGUGGCGCUGAUCGCCAUGGCCAUCCGGGAGAGCGCCGAGAAGCGGCUGACGCUGUCGGGGAUCUACCAGUACAUCAUCGGCAAGUUCCCCUUCUACGAGAAGAACAAGAAGGGCUGGCAGAACAGCAUCCGCCACAACCUCAGCCUCAACGAGUGCUUCAUCAAGGUCCCGCGGGAGGGCGGCGGGGAGCGCAAGGGCAACUACUGGACCCUGGACCCGGCCUGCGAGGACAUGUUCGAGAAGGGCAACUACCGACGGAGGAGGCGCAUGAAGCGGCCCUUCCGGCCCCCCGCCGGACACUUCCAGCCCGGGAAGAGCCUCUUCGGAGCCGCCGAGGCCGCGGGCUACGGCUACCUGACGGCGCCGCCGGCCAAGUACCUCCAGGGGCCCUUCCUCAACGCCGCCUCCUGGUCCCUGGCCCAGACGGGGCCCCCGCCACCCCCGCCGCCUCCGCCUCAGCCCCAGUCCGUCUCCGGGGGCUCCUACGCGGCCUGCCAGAUGGAGGCGGCGGCAGCAGCAGCAGCAGCAGCAGGAGGGGGGAACGGCGGCAACGGCAACGGGGCCCUCAGCCCCGUCAAGGGAGUGGGCUCCUCCUACGGCAGCCCCUACGCGCGCCUCCCGGCCAUGGUGAACUCCUACAACGGCAUGGGCCACCACCACCACCACCACCAUCAUCCCCACGCCCACCACCAUCAUCCCCAUCCCCACCAUCACCAUCACCACCAUCACGCCGCCCAGCAGCUCGGGGCCGCCGCCGUCGCAGCCGCCGCCGCAGCAGCCGCCGCCGCCUCCGCAAGCAGCCCUUCGCCUCAGACGGCGCCCAACGGAGGAGGACCCGCCUCGGCCUCGGCCGCCGCCACGGGCCUCCCCUUCGCCUGCGCCGCCCGGCAGCCUCCCGAGCUGGCCCUCAUGCACUGCUCCUACUGGGACCACGAGAGCAAGCACGGCGCCCUCCACGCCCGCAUUGACAUCUGAGCAGAGGGGCCCCGAGCAGCCCCGCCAGCCCCGCCACUCCGGAGCCCCACAGGGAGGAAGCCCCACAGCCAGCCCCAGCCAGGAGGGAUGCCCCUUGGCCGCCCCAGAAAAGCUGACCCUCUUUUCAGAUACAGAGACAUGCAGACAGAUAGAUGCAUAUGUAGUCUAUGGGUAUAGUAGAUACCGAGAGAGAGAG